AUGUCUAAGACUGAUAAAAUACUAACCUCCAAAUAUCUGGAUUGGCAUGCCAAAUUAAGUGGGUUACCAAGUGUUUUGACGGAUAAGAUCUGGUCUAAUUUAUACAAAAAAUAUAAAAAAGAAACUGGGCAUGAGCCAUGGCAAUUAUCAGAAGAUCGCCUUCUCAUAAAUUCGAAGCCAGAAAAUAAAGUAUCCUAUUUAUCUUCUUCUGAGCAAUGUGAAGAAAAAGGGUCUAUUACUUUUGAAGCCAAACUUGAUCCAGAAUUAAUUAUCAAAUCCGUCUUAGAGUACUUCCCAUACUUGAAAUUCGGAAAUAAUUUCAGAGGGAUUGAUAAUUAUGAUUUUACAUCACUUCAGCCGUAG